AUGAGUUGGGCCGAGAAUCAAAAUAACUUUCGAUCUUGAGUCGGCUAUUUACACAAAAAAUGAACUUGUGGGAGCGGAUCGGCUCCGUUAUUUGGAGUGAAUGGUUUUGGUUCCCCGAUAACGCGACGUGGAAAUCACUGGAAAAUAAACCCGGCAGUGGCGUAUAUUACCCUCAGACAUCAGAUUUGCUAUACUCGUUUGGAAUCGCCAUCUCUCUCUACAUCAUUCGGCUUCUUUACGAGAAGGUUGUGGUUGCACCGUUUGGAGUUUAUUGUGGAAUCAAGACUGAUAGACCGAGGCGCGCCCCUCAAAAUGACGUGCUGGAAAGAGAAUAUAAACACAAAAGACAACCAGACUUUUCACAGUUACAGAUAUAUGCCAAGCGGACAGACAUGGAGGUUCGGCAGGUGGAGCGGUGGUUCCGUCUCCGUAGAAACCAGGACCGACCCUCACCCAUGAAAAAGUUCACAGAAACUGGUUGGAGAUUUACCUAUUAUUUCGGUAUCUGGAUUUACGGAUUAUUAGUCCUCUAUGAUAAAGAAUAUCUCUGGGAUAACAGAAAAUGCUGGGAAAACUUUCCACAUCAAGACGUAACCCCCGGUAUAUUCUGGUACUACAUUAUAGAGCUAGGGUUCUACCUUUCACUCAUGUUCUCACAGUUUCUAGAUGUCAAAAGAAAAGACUUUUUUGAGAUGUUUCUACACCACAUAGCGACAGUGUUACUCCUUAGUUUCUCGUACAUGGGCAAUUAUUUACGCGUGGGAACUCUCGUACUGUUGAUACAUGACUGUGCCGACUUCUGGGUGGAGGCUGCAAAGUUGGCCAAGUACGCAAAGGCCCACCGACUCUGUGAUAUUCUGUUUGCUGUGUUUGCUAUAGUCUGGUUCAUCACUCGCCUUCUACUGUACCCACUGAAAAUCUUAAAGGCGUCAUGGAUACUCAGCGUUGAGAUUGUAGGUUUUUUUCCGUCCCUGUAUUUUUUCAACGGCUGGCUGUGUAUCCUUCUGGUGUUACACUUUUACUGGUUCUCCUUGAUAUGCAGGGUCGCAUACGAUGCGCUGACGAAGAGCUCAGAAGUAAGUACGAAAGAUGUGGACGAUGUCAGGAGUGAAUCGGAAGAGCCAGUUUCAGACGAAACCGAAAAUAGUCACAUGAACGGGAACUGUAUAAAAGCCCAGAACGACAAUGCUAUGGGAAACCAUGUCGACGUGGGAAACAACAGCGUCAGUAACCACAACCACACCAAGGCAGGAUGAUUGGGCGCCACAGGGGUGUAGAGACUGGAAAAAAAUGAACAUUGAAACUGUGCUGAGGUGCACAGGGGUGUGAUAUCGAAAAUCGAUCGACGUCAGAAAAAAUGUAAUUUAAAAAUUCCCUGAUCUCUGUCGCUUAAUGGCAUUGAUUUUAAGGUUCUUUUGCGCGAUCUUCUUCUUUUUCAAGGGAUUACAGAUUCCGUUGAUGUCCCUGAGGGCACAGUGAAAAUGACCAGUUGAUUUUUAACAGACGUGAUCAAAUGCGAUUUUACUGGAAAUCGAAUAAUUUAGAUUGUAAUCUUAAAAGACCUACAUUGUAGAAGUAACAUUAAGUUACGCAUGAAAGAUAUUGUGUAAUUGCGUGUAUUAAUUGUUUUUCAUAAAAGUCCUGGUAGGAUAAUUUAUGAUUAUUUUUUCGGUGUUGAUUUAUGUGAUUAAGUGUGAAUUACAAAUGAAUCGGCAUUUGUUAUCACAAACUUCUAAAAUGUCUAGAUAUUUUGAAAAAUACUAAGAUAGGUCUUUUGCCGGGAUUUAUAAAUGAACGGGUGCUGCAAAAGAGGGUCAGGAUGCCAAGGGUUAAAAAGUGCACAUUAAAUCAGGCUGAUAGAAAUUGAAUGUUAUGAAUUUGACUGAAAAUAUUAGGGAUUGUGUUUAAUUGAAGUAAUGUUACGUUUCAACUGCCAAAUAUGUAAGUUUGUAUGUAUUUAUAGUCAUUUAAUCAGUUUAAAUCAAAGCAAAGGAAAUGUUUGACACACCUAAGUAAUGAAUUCUAUGAAGGCAGAAGCGUCCCAUGCUGGUCUCCAUGAGGGCAAAAGGAUGCACCAAAAAUAACAGGGUGCAGUAACCUUCCAUAACUCUUAAGCCCAAGCCCCACUAAGAUAAGAUGCUAAAGACACUAGGAAAAUACGUUGAUUUAAUGUAUUUUUGUAUAAAUCCUUAUUUAUGUACCAAUGAAGCGCUGUUGUUUCUGCUUUAAAUGGCUUUAAAUGUUGUGAGUAUAAUGAAAUUAAAACAAAUGACAACAGCACAAAUUGAACAAGUCUUACUUUUACAUGUAUAACCAACAGUUUUUGUAUAACUUAGGCCAAAUAAAUAAAACAUUGAUGGUGGAACAUACACCUGAAUAGGCCAGGAAGAUAGGGAAAAAUCAUUUUAUUCUGACUAUUCUAUUGUAAACAAAGUAUGCAUAUCAUAAAGUGUAUGCCCUUAUAGUGCCUCAGAGUUAAUAUUUUAAAAUCCAUAAUAUAUCUAUAAAAAAAAGUACCAAUACCAUCAUAAAGGUUGGGCGUCGUAAAUUUGGGCAGUUGACUGGUACCACAAGGUUGUAUUUGUUUUGCCUGAUUUAUGGUAUAAAUACAUGUAUUCUAAGCCUUUGAAAAUAUACAUGAAAAUAAUUUAAUGUUAUUGUCAUACAUAUUGUGUAAUAUGAAAUAUACUAUGUAAAAAUUGUACAAAUUAAAAGUAGUGCAUCUGUUCAAAUCGCAGAUAAAUGUUGUUGACUAUUCA